AUGCAGAUCUUUGUGAAGACCCUCACCGGCAAGACCAUCACUCUUGAGGUUGAGUCCUCCGACACCAUCGACAAUGUCAAGGCAAAGAUCCAGGAUAAAGAGGGCAUCCCGCCGGACCAGCAGCGACUGAUCUUCGCCGGCAAGCAGCUCGAGGACGGCCGCACCCUUGCAGAUUACAACAUUCAGAAGGAGUCCACCCUCCACCUGGUGCUCCGCCUCCGUGGUGGCCAGUGAUCUUCCUGGUAGAGCUGUCCGUUGAA